AUGUCUGACAAAGUUGAUCAUUUCCCUAAUCACACUGGUGAAUACCAGGACGCUGAAAAGCAGGUGCCCCACCAACAAGAGCAAGAGCAAGAAGUGGAAGAGUCCUCAUAUCAACAAGAGGAACAUGCUCCUCCUGCCUCUGCUCCCCAAGAAGACUCAGAAGAGAAUGACGAACCCGAUGAGAACAUUGACGAACUCAUCGAGGAACUCUUCUCCGAAGAUGUUCACGAUGAAGAAGAGGAGACUGAGGAAACUGCUGCCGGUGAAGCCAAGCCUGUUCCCGAAGAACUUCUUCAAACCUCCAUUCAAACCGGUUUGUCCUCUUCUGAAGUUGACGAACGUCGUAAGAAGUACGGUUUGAACCAAAUGAAGGAAGAGUCCGAGAACGGCUUUCUCAAGUUCCUCAUGUUUUUCGUCGGUCCCAUUCAAUUCGUUAUGGAAGCCGCUGCCGCUCUUGCCGCUGGUCUUCGUGACUGGGUCGAUUUUGGUGUCAUUUGCGCUCUUCUCUUGCUUAACGCCGUUGUCGGUUUCGUUCAAGAAUUCCAAGCUGGUUCCAUUGUCGAUGAAUUGAAGAAGUCUCUUGCCUUGAAGGCCGUUGUCAUGCGUGAUGGUCACAUCCAAGAAGUUGAGGCUAACGAAGUCGUCCCUGGUGAUAUCCUCCACAUGGACGAAGGUACUAUUAUCUGUGCUGAUGGCCGUAUCGUCUCCGAAAACGUUAACUUGCAAGUUGACCAAUCUGCUAUUACUGGUGAAUCUCUUGCCGUCGAAAAGAGCCACAACGACCCCACCUACGCUUCCUCUGGUGUCAAGCGUGGUGAAGGUUUCAUGGUUGUUACCCACACUGGUGACUCUACUUUCGUCGGUCGUGCUGCUGCUUUGGUCAACGCCGCUUCUGGUGGUACUGGUCACUUUACCGAAGUCCUUAACGGUAUCGGUACUGUUCUUUUGGUCCUUGUCUUGUUUACUCUCUUCUGUAUCUACACUGCUGCUUUCUACCGUUCCGUUCGUAUUGCCCGUCUUUUGGAAUACACUCUUGCCAUCACCAUUAUUGGUGUCCCCGUCGGUCUUCCCGCCGUCGUUACCACCACUAUGGCUGUCGGUGCCGCUUACUUGGCUCAAAAGAGAGCUAUUGUUCAAAAGCUUUCUGCUAUCGAAUCUCUCGCUGGUGUCGAAGUUCUUUGCUCCGACAAGACUGGUACUUUGACCAAGAACAAACUCUCUUUGGGUGAACCCUUCACUGUCUCUGGUGUCUCUGGUGACGACUUGGUCUUGACUGCCUGUUUGGCUGCCUCCCGUAAGCGUAAGGGUUUGGAUCCCAUCGACAAGUCUUUCUUGAAGGCUUUGAAGAACUACCCUGGCCCCAAGAACACUCUCUCCAAGUACAAGGUUAUCCACUUCCAACCUUUCGAUCCCGUAUCCAAGAAGGUUACUGCCUACGUCGAAUCUCCCGAAGGCAAGCGAAUCACUUGCGCCAAGGGUGCUCCUCUCUGGAUUUUGAAGAUGGUUGAAGAAUCUCAUGCUAUUGAUGAAGAAGUCUUGAAGGCCUACAAGGAGAAGGUUGGUGACUUGGCCUCUCGUGGUUACCGUUCUUUGGGUGUCGCUCGUAAGUUCGAUGGUGAAAACUGGCAAAUCAUGGGUAUCAUGCCCUGCUCUGAUCCUCCUCGUGAUGACACUGGCCGUACUAUCUCUGAAGCUAAGCGUUUGGGUCUCCGUGUUAAGAUGCUUACCGGUGAUGCCGUCGAUAUUGCUAAGGAAACUGCUCGCCAAUUGGGUAUGGGCACUAACAUCUUCAACGCUGAACAACUCGGUAUUACUGGUGGUGGUAACAUGCCUGGUAAUGAAGUUUACGACUUCGUUGAGGCUGCUGAUGGUUUCGGUGAAGUUUUCCCUCAACACAAGUUCGCUUGCGUCGAUAUUCUCCAACAACGUGGUUACUUGGUUGCUAUGACUGGUGAUGGUGUUAACGAUGCUCCCUCUUUGAAGAAGGCUGAUACUGGUAUCGCCGUCGAAGGUGCUACUGAUGCUGCCCGUUCUGCUGCUGAUAUUGUCUUUUUGGCUCCCGGUCUUUCUGCUAUCAUUGAUGCUCUUAAGACUUCUCGUCAAAUUUUCCACCGUAUGUACUCAUACGUUGUCUACCGUAUUGCCUUGUCUCUUCACUUGGAAAUCUUCUUGGGUCUCUGGAUUAUCAUUCAAAACCGUUUGCUCAACUUGGAAUUGAUCGUCUUCAUUGCUAUUUUCGCUGAUGUUGCUACUUUGGCUAUUGCUUAUGACAAUGCUCCUUACUCUGCGAGACCCGUCAAGUGGAACUUGCCUCGUCUGUGGGGUCUCUCCACCGUUGUCGGUAUUGUUUUGGCCGUCGGUACCUGGAUUACCAACACCACUAUGAUUGCUCAAGGUCAAAACCGUGGUAUUGUUCAAAACUUUGGUGUUCAAGACGAAGUUUUGUUCCUUGAAAUCUCUCUUACUGAGAACUGGUUGAUUUUCGUUACUCGUUGCAAUGGUCCUUUCUGGUCCUCUAUCCCUUCUUGGCAAUUGUCUGGUGCUGUCUUGGUUGUCGAUAUUCUCGCUACCAUCUUCUGUAUCUUCGGUUGGUUCAAGGGUGGUCAUCAAACCUCUAUUGUUGCCGUUCUUCGUAUCUGGAUCUACUCUUUCGGUGUGUUCUGUAUCAUGGCCGGUUUCUACUACAUCUUGUCUGAAUCUACCGCUUUCGACCGCUUUAUGAACGGUAAGCCCCGUGAGAGCAGAGACAAACGCUCUGUUGAAGACCUUGUUGUUGCCUUGCAACGCACUUCUACUCACCAUGAGAAGGGCGAUGCUUAA